AUGGAUGUGAUGUACCUCAUGGCGCCGCGCGAGUUCUUGGAGCGCGUGGAUACAACGCUCGGUCGGCUGGAUGAAGCCUUGGACAAGAUGCAGCGGCAUGCGGACGACCUUGGCAAACCCAAACCGCAGCACCAACACCAGCAUCCAUCAUCCACGUCGUUCAUCCCCUUUGCAUCCAACACCAGUCAAACAAGUCCUGCUGCCACGACAUCAUCCACCACCACCCAACCUGCUGCGACUACGACUUCCCGAUCAUCCGACAAACGACACUCCGAUACACGAAGCAUGAAUCCUCGCGCCGUACCAGACACAUGGGUGAGUCUCGCCAAGCAGCGCACACAAGCUCCUCCCCCGCCUCCCAAGCCUCCCACUCCCAACCCCCCGCGACGGAAAGCACCGUCGUCCGCCCUUGCUGCCCCGACCAUAUUGUCGGAUGUCCCUGACUUGCAUUUCGCGUGGCAGGAUGGGUCGUUCCGUUGA